CACCGCCAGACAAUCCAAGGAGAAGAGACUUGCUAUGUCGUCGAGAAGGCUCGAAACGUCAUAAACUGCCGACGAGUCGCGACUCCCGGUCGCACCUAUGCGCGCUCAUCUAAGCGAUCCGGUUUCCGUCUGUGACCUGUCAAGGAAGUCGGUGGAAGCGUGGAAGCGAGGAAAAGGCUAUUUGGUUUACACUCGUCGUAUCCAACUUGUUCAAUUCGGGAACAUCCAAACCACCAUCUUAAGAGACAAAGAAGUGUAUCAGGUGGAAGAAGCAGGCAACAAUCUGCUGCUUUACCGACCCAUGCGCGAAUCUUCGGCAUCAGCUCUUCGGAGGCUUCAAUCCUGCUCAGCGGUUCUGCUCAUGCUUAACUGCUUAUUUUGUUUCCUUCGACAAGUUUUCAACGACAGAUCAAUGUCCGAGGAAAGCUUUCAUGUGAUGGACCAGCUCACAAGUACUCGAAACACGCGGACAGAAAUCGCCAGCUUCACAUGGACGAAAAUGGUUAAUCUGUCCAGCGAAAACAAACGAAGGUCACGCUUUACGCCUUUUGACAAAUCCACUCUAUGUUGAACAAGAGCAAGGAAUGUACCGAGCGAGACCUGAUAAUUUUAUGCAAGGGCCGCCCCCUUCGACAUAUAAAACGCUAUCCUCC